CGUUUGAAGAACCGACUCCUCGCGGAGUGAAUCAUUCUCAGUGUUUACACUGUCAGCUGUCAAGAACGAAACAAGCGGCUCUUCUUCUCGUCUGCUCAGGACUGAAAACGCCGACCAGCACUGAACAGGUUUCCGUAACGCCCUUCAGGACGGACUCUCUGGUUUUCGACCCUUUGCAGCGGGAAAGCGGAUCAACUCUCGUAACAUGAGCUCGGUGGCUGUGUUGACUCAGGAGAGUUUUGCCGAGCACCGUAGUGGGCUGAAGGACACGCAGAUCUCAGGAGGUGUUUCCGAGGAUGAAGCGUACAUUCCCACUUACCUGGAAGCCUUCCCUCCGUUGCCGGAGAAGGGCACUCCGGGGGAGAGGUCAGGAGAUCCAGUGGGAGCUUGGAGCAAAAUUCGACCGAUCAAAGCUUCGGUCAUUACACAGGUGUUCCACGUGCCCCUGGAGGAGCGUCGAUACAAGGACAACAGCCAGUUUGGGGAAGGAGAAGAAGCGAAAGUGUGCUUAGACAUCAUGCAGAAGACCGACGCUCACAUCGAACUCUCUCUGGCCAAAGACCAAGGCCUUUCCAUCAUGGUGACGGGGAAGCUUGAGUCGGUCAUGAAGGCUCGCAAAGAAAUCGUGGCUCGACUUCAGACUCAGGCCUCGGCUACGGUCAUCAUUCCGAAGGAGCACCAUCGCUUUGUGAUUGGGAAAAAUGGAGAGAAACUACAAGAGCUGGAACUGAAAACAGCCACCAAGAUCGCUAUUCCCCGUCCCGACGACCCGAGCGCUAACAUACGCAUCACCGGCACCAAAGAGGGCAUCGAGAAAGCCCGGCACGAGAUCCUGCUCAUCUCUGCAGAACAGGACAAGCGCGCUGUGGAGCGUCUGUCUCUAGAGAAAGCCUUUCAUCCCUUCAUCGCCGGCGCGUACAACCGACUGGUCCAGGAGCUGAGCCAAGAGACAGGCACUCGCAUCAGCAUCCCGCCGCCCAGCCUGCUUAAGGAUGAGAUCGUCAUCACUGGGGAAAAGGAGGCGGUCGCCAUGGUGAUCACACGCAUCCGCGCCAUUUACGAGGAAAAGAAGCGAAAAACGACGACCAUCUCAGUGGAAGUGAAGAAGUCUCAGCAUAAAUAUAUCAUCGGUCCAAAGGGAAACAGUCUGCAGGAGAUCAUGGAGAGCACCGGGGUGUCUGUGGAGAUGCCCCCGUUAGACUCCAGCUCUGAGACUAUCAUCCUCAGAGGAGAACCGGACAAACUGGGACCUGCUCUGACACAGGUGUAUGCCAAGGCUAAGAGUGUAAUGGCAGUGGAAGUGACCGCACCUGCCUGGCUCCAUCGAUUCAUCAUAGGAAAGAAAGGACAAAACAUUGGCCGUAUCACACAGCAGCUGCCCAGGGUGCACAUUGAGUUCACAGACGGAGAAGAGCGGAUCAUUCUGGAAGGUCCGACGGAGGAAGUGGAGCAAGCUCAGGCUCAAAUACAGGAGAUUAUUAAUGAUCUGAUGUCGAGGAUGGACUACACGGAAAUUAACAUUGACCAGCGUUUUCACAGACAUCUCAUUGGCAAGAACGGGGCAAACAUAAACCGGAUCAAGGAGCUGUACAAAGUGUCGGUGCGGAUUCCUCAGGACUCGGACCGCUGCGGGUUGGUCCGUAUCGAGGGAGACCCUCAGGGAGUGCAGCAGGCUCGCAGGGAGCUUGUGGACAUGGCCCAGCGCAUGGAAAACGAGCGCACCAAAGACCUGAUCAUAGAGCAGAAGUUUCACCGCACCAUCAUCGGCCAGAAGGGAGAGAAGAUCAAAGAAGUGCGAGACAAGUUUCCUGAGGUCAUCAUCACAUUUCCGGACCAGUCUCAGAAAAGUGACAUAGUGCAGCUCCGUGGGCCAAAAAACGAGGUGGAGAAAUGUGCCAAGUUUCUCCAGAAACUCCUGCUGGAGCUGGUUGAAAGCAGCUACUCCAUAUCUGUUCCCAUAUUUAAGCAGUUUCAUAAAAAUAUCAUUGGCAAAGGAGGUGCCAACAUCAAAAAGAUCCGUGAAGAGACCAACACGAAGAUCGAUCUCCCCACAGAGAACAGCGACUCGGAGACGAUUGUGAUCACCGGUAAGAAAAGUAACUGUGAGGCAGCGCGGGACCGCAUCCUCUCCAUCCAGAGAGACCUGGCCAAUCUGAAGGAAACCGAGGUGACCAUCCCGGCCAAGCUGCAUAACUCCUUGAUUGGGUCUAAGGGCUGUCUGGUGCGCUCCGUGAUGGAGGAGUGUGGAGGUGUUCACAUUCACUUCCCUGCUGAGGGCUCCGGGGUGGACAGAGUGACCAUCCGUGGGCCUGCAGAAGAGGUGGAGAGAGCCAAGAAACAGUUACUGCAGCUCGCUGAAGAGAAGCAAGUCAACAAUUUCUCAGUAGAGCUGCAGGCCAAGCCCGAGUACCACAAGUUCCUGAUUGGCCGAGGAGGGGCGAACAUUCGGCGUGUUCGUGACCGGACAGGAGCUCGCAUCAUCUUCCCUUCACCUGAAGAACCCGAGCAGGAGCGCAUCACCAUCAUGGGCCGAGAGGAAGCCGUUCUGCUCGCUCAGAAAGAGCUGGAGAACCUCAUUAAAAACCUGGAGGACGUGAUAGAGGACACUAUGGUCGUGGACCCACGGCAUCAUCGUCACUUUGUUUGCCGGCGAGGGCAGGUGCUGAGGGAGUUAACAGAGGAGUAUGGCGGCGUCGCCGUUAGUUUCCCUCGAACAGGAACACACAGCGACUGUAUCACUCUGAAAGGGGCCCGAGAGUGUGUGAAUGCUGCAAAGAAGCGCAUCCAGGAGAUCAUUCAGGAUCUGGAGUCUCAGGUAAGCGUGGAGGUGGUGAUUCCUCAGCGCUACCACAGAGCCAUGAUGGGACCCAAAGGCUGCAGGAUCCAGCAGAUCACCCGAGAGCACGAGGUCCAGAUCAAAUUCCCAGAGAGAGAGGAAACCGCAGCUCAGGAAACGUCUCCUGUGGAGAACAACAGCACCAGCCCAGAGACGGACUCCGUGCCUCGAAAAUGUGACAUCAUCACUGUGACGGGUCGUGCAGAGAAGUGCGAGCUGGCUCGAUCGGCCCUGCUGGCGCUGGUUCCUGUGACAGUUGAUGUGGAGGUGCCCAACGACCUGCACCGCUACAUCAUCGGCCAGAAAGGAGCUGGGAUCAGGAAGAUGAUGGAGGACUACGAGGUGAACAUCUGGGUUCCUCAGGCUGAGCAGCAGUCUGAUGUGAUAAAGGUCAUGGGGCAGGAGGUCAGUGUGGAGAGAGCCAAGCAGGCGCUGAUGUGCAGAGUGAAAGAGCUCCAGGCAGAACAGGAGGAGCGGGCUUUACGCAGCUACAAGGUGACCCUCUCGGUCGACCCUAAAUACCACCCCAAAAUCAUCGGCCGUAAAGGAGCCGUGAUCUCGCAGAUCCGCAAAGACCACGACGUCAACGUGCAGUUCCCUGACAAGAAUGACGAGCAGCAGGACGUGAUCGUGAUCUGGGGUUAUGAACGGAACGUGGAGGAGGCCAAGGCAGCUAUAGAGCAGAUGGUCGCAGAGCUGCAGGAGAUGGUGAGCGAGGACAUCCGGCUGGAUCACCGGGUCCACGCACGCAUCAUCGGAGCUCGCGGGAAGGCCAUCCGCAAACUCAUGGAGGAGUUUAAAGUAGAUAUCAGGUUUCCUCAGCCUAGCUCGGACGACCCCGACAAAGUGACUGUCACGGGCCUGCCAGAGAACGUCGAUAAAGCCAUCGACCAUCUGCUCAACCUGGAGGAGGAAUAUAUGUUGAGCGUGACCGAGACAGAAACGUUGGCUGCCUAUAUGAAACCUCCGUCCAAGUUCAUGGGAGGAGGAGGAGACGAGGAGGGCCGAGGCCCGGCUAAAGGCUUUGUCGUCAGAGACGCUCCUUGGAACGUCCCAGGAAGCAAGGCCCCUGACAUGAGCAGCGCUGAGGAUUUCCCCACAUUCGGCUCUGGUGUGGCACCGAAACAGACGUCUGCCUGGGGGCCCAAAAAGUUCUGAAAGGGAGCGAGACAUGACUUACCUUUCUUUCUUUCUUUCUUUCUUUCUCACUCACUCUCUCUCUCUCUCUCUCUCCACAUCAAGGAGAAAUCACAGAACAUUUUCAACAUGUACAUGUAGCUUCCUCCCAGGGCUGAACCCGUGCUCUUUUUAUCCGUCUUUUUAAACCAGCAGCGGUUCAGCCUCAUCUGAACUCGCAUCCACUGCACUCGCAUCCCUUCUCCCAUUUAAAAUGAAAUUUCUCAAGACGUCCCUCGCAUUCUGUUCCUGGCGUCGGUGGGCAUGAAAACGUUCCCGAAAUAACGUCACUCCACACUCUCUCUCUCAAACACUUUUACUGGCACUGAUCUCACAUUUUUAUCAUUUAGAGAUCCUGUAGUACACUGUGUGUUCGUUUAAUAGCUUUCGUGCGAAUCGGGGCCUCGCUUAUAAAAACCGCACACGCACAAAAACCCAUCCGUUUCAACCAGCACAAGAUUUCAGUCUCACGGUCUCUUUAGUGUCACUUUCAGUAAGGAAUAACCAGGUCUGAAGUAAUGAAGGUACAGGAAUAUUAUUAAACCACUCUGUACAUCCGCACUGAGCUGAAAAGCAUCACAAAACGCACAAGAGUUUUUUUUUCUGUAACUUCAGAAAUUCAGCCAGGAACAGGAAGCUGAAGCGGUCAGAAAGUGUCGCUUUCCUUUUUUUUUGGCGCUGACGUGACCCGAUAUUCACUCCUAACACGUUUAACCCUGACUGAUGAACUUCAAGGAUACGAUCGCCGUUUUUCCAGUUUCCUUUAUUACUUCCUUAUUUUUCUACACACAAUUUUUACACUAAGUUCCUGUUGAAGACGCACUUUGAGGACGGUUUUGUCCGAGUGCCGGGUUUAUAAACGAGGCCACAGAAGCGCUUGGUGCUUUUAGCUGUUCCUUUUUACUGUACAAAGAAGUGUUUUAUUAUUAUUAUUUGUUAUUAUUAUUAUUCUUGGAACCUGAAAGUAGCGACUCUCAAAUUCUGAUCCUGAGAUUAAUCUGUGAAGAAUAUUUAUUUCACAUUUCAUUCUUUUAUUAUUAUUAUUAUUUAAGUUUCUCGUUUAUUUAUUUAAUCUGUAAAGAGCAUAAAUGCUGAAGCGUGUACAGUAUAUAUUUGUUUUUGUCUCUAACCAUGUGCUUUCACUUCAGAUAUAGUGACAAUGCCAGAGGUGAACUUUUUAAUCGGGGAGGGAAGGAAGGAAG